AUGGAUUAUUUUAUUUCUUUCGUGUUUCAUAAGUCAUUUCUUCAUGGCCAUAUUCUCUUUACUUAUUUAUUAAUUAUCUAUUCACCUUUUAUUUUUCACUCGUUCUUUUCUCUUUCUCUUUCGUUCUUUUUUCAUUUUCUUUCUUUCUUUCUUUCUUUCUUUUCUUUUUUUUUUCUUUCUUUCUUUCUUUCUUUCUUUUCUUUCUCUAAUUCCCUAAUUAUUUCUUUCUUUCUUGAUUUUUUGAUCAUUACAUUUUCUCUGUUUAUCAUUCAAAUUCAUUUCUUCUUUUUCGUUAUUUGCCUUUCGAUUGCCAGCCUUCCAAUGUCUUCCUUAUUCACCAGUAAUCGUCUUUCAUUUUUCUAUUUCCCGCAUUUUCCUCGAAAUCACAUUUUCCUAACAUUCUUCUUGAAUAAUUCUCUGGUUUCGGCAUUCGCGUUUCCUCGCCAAACCUCCGUAUUCGGAAAUAAUAACGUCCGAAAUUAUCUUCAAACUUUAUUAACCACCGUAUUAAAUCUAUCUAUCUAUCUAUCUAUCUAUCUAUCUAUCUAUCUAUCUAUCUAUCUAUAUUCAAGAAGAAUACUUUUAAUGUAA